UUCCUGCCGCGACGUUACUCGAUCAGAAACGUACAGACUAUCGACGUCUCAUGGUUCCGCCGUGGAAAUGGCCUCGUCUAUGGCUAUAAAUGCCAAAUGAGCAGCUAUUAGUCGGAGUCGACCGAGAGAACACAGCUCUAUCUGAGUCACGACCCGGGUGUAUUAGGGAGUUUGUUUCGGUAUUUUGAGGAGUGACGAGGCAGAAAAGACAAUGCCACAUUUCCUGUGGCCAGAGCCGCUGUCACCCGCACAACUAAAGCGGCUGGAAGAGCAUAAAUACAGCGCCUCUGGUCGCUCCCUGUUUGAGCCACCGUGUCAAAUCUACUGGAACUGGCUCGUCCAGCAAAUUCCGACAUGGAUCGCACCAAACACGCUGACUAUUGUAGGACUGCUGGUCAAUAUCCUCUCCACAGUGGUGCUUGUGUAUUAUUGUCCCACGGCAACAGAGGAGGCUCCGUCCUGGGCCUUCAUCCUAAGUGCUCUCGGCCUGUUCAUCUACCAGUCUCUGGAUGCUAUUGAUGGGAAACAGGCCCGGAGGACAAACAGCAGCUCUGCACUUGGAGAGCUCUUUGACCACGGCUGUGAUGCUGUGUCCACAGUGUUUGUUGCUGUAGGGACAUGCAUUUCAUGUGGAAUCGGAAGAUACUCAAACUGGAUGUUCUUCUGUGGUUUCAUCGGGAUGUUCAUGUUCUUCUGCGCCCACUGGCAGACCUAUGUGUCAGGGACUCUCCGCUUUGGCCUAGUUGACGUCACAGAGGUGCAGGUCGCCAUCAUGAUCAUGUAUUUGAUGUCGGCUUUUGGAGGCGUGAGCCUUUGGCAAACCACGUUGCCCAUCAUUGGACUGAAGCUGUACGCCUUCCCCAUCAUGGGCAUCGUCGGGGGGGCCCUCUACUCCUGCUACAACUAUUUCUAUGUCAUUUUGAAUGGAGGUGUUGGCAAAAAUGGCUCCACUGUGGCUGACACCAGCGUGCUGAGUCCUGGUUUGCACAUCGGUCUCAUCCUCACCCUGGCCUUCAUCAUUUUCAAGAAGUCAUCCAGCCACCUGUUUGAGCACCACCCCUGUCUGUACCUGCUCACCUUUGGCAUGGUGAUAUCCAAGAUCUCCAACAAACUGGUGGUAGCGCACAUGACCAAGAGUGAGCUGCACCUCCCAGACACAGCCUUUAUAGGCCCCGGCCUCCUCUUCCUCAACCAGUACUUCAACAGCUUCAUAGAUGAGCACAUAGUCCUCUGGAUUGCCAUGGUGCUCUCUCUGCUGGAUCUAACACGCUACUGCACAGGCGUGUGCCUCCAGAUCGCCUCCCACCUGCGCAUCCAAGUCUUCAGCAUCACGCCACCGAGCCACGCCCACCGUGACUGACGGCUUGCCCGGCGGGAGGAGGCGGGGGGAGAUGCAGACCUCUCCCCGCUCCUGAAAGCAGACGAAGAUUGCCACGACGACCGCGAGGAGAGGCCCUCGACCCUGAGCCACUGCAGCCUUGACAAAGUGACCACUUCUGAUUAAAACUGCCUCCUCUAGCAGACGGAAAAAAGAAAAUCAACUCUACACUACAAACCAAAAAAAUAAUGUGUUUGAAAAGCAUGGGUAUAUUGAAUUGGUGGUACCGGAGUGUCCAUUGAAUCGAUUUUAAUUUAAACAUUAGUGCAUGUCAGAAAAUAAAGUAUAGAUUUUUACAGGAACUCUUUAACCUCGCUUAUUCAACUUAUUCGACACCAAAAAGGCUUUUUUUUUCCGCAGAUACUUUAUAGCUUGGGCAAACAUCAAAGUAUCUUCUUUAAAUCUCUGAAGUAUGCCCAAACUGAAUUGAGUACCUGCUGAAAUGCUUCUAUUUUUAUUUAUUCAAUGAAUGUGACUCAAUCUGAAACGAAUCAGAGCUUGAAAACACAGAUUCAAAUUAUUAAAAAUGACCUUUAAAACCUCAUAUAAUUUCCAAUGAUGUUUGCAAUGUGGACUGGCAGGUUGUCAAUGAGCUACGUGAAAGGGUGAUGGGGUGUGUUAAUGCUGAUUAAUGAUGACUGGUUUUCUAUCGGGCUUCCCUCACACACACACCUCUCCUGUUUUGAAAUAUUUUAUUCUCUGUUUAAUCAUCUCAUCUUACAGUCCUGGAAAAUAGAAUAAAAAAAACCCAUCUCACCUCAGGCCUUUAGAGCCGUCAGCUGAUGAAGCAUUAACACUCGAUCUGUUCUGCUUUCUCUGUUCUUCUCCCUGAAGGGCUAAUAAUUAUUUCUGAUUGUACAGAAUUCAACUGAAGACGCCUUAAAUAUUUUUGUUGUAAUUACUGUUUUUCUUGUGAAUAUUUAAAGCAGCUUUGUACGUUUCUUCUUUGUUUUUCACUGAAAUAUACCAUGCAAACAAUAGUAAUAAUACAGUGCGACUGGAAGGUUUUUUUUUCACAUGAAGUUUUUUCACUUAUACAAAAUGUCAAUUAUGUAUAGGUAAUUGAUUGAUUUGGUUCCUAAAGAUUUGUUAUCAGUAAUUUUGUAAUGAUUGAAUAUUACUGAACAGUUGACACAUUAUUCAGGUUCUUUUGGAUCAAAAGGGAUAUUUCUGUAGUGCCGGUAAACUAUAUUUAAAAGUAAUUUUAAAAAAGGUAUUCUUGAUUUUAUUUGGAAAAAUAAAAUUAUCUUCCUCUCAUAUUCUGCUUUGGCAGGAUUAUGGAUAUUAUAGAGGGGCAUGUCCUAAAAAGAUGAUUUUUUUUUUUUUUUUAACUAUGCAUUCAAAUGUACAGCCUUGAUUUAAACACCACGUUGCUCUGUUCAAUAAUAACAGUAAAACACCUUUCUACUAACAGAUGUCAUGAGUGGAAAUGAUUGUAAUAAAGAAAUAUUUUUCAUGUG